CAAAAAUAUGGUUUCCUUCGCAGUGUACUGCGUUGAUAUGUUGAGCACGUGUGUUUGACUCGACUUUUUUUUUAUUUUUGUUUAAAUCAAUUUUGAAUUUUUUCGGGAAAAAAUGGUGAAUAAAUUGUACGUGUUGUAUGAGCAUGCUGCUGGCUAUGCAUUGUUUAAGGUUAAAGAAUUUGAAGAGAUAGCAAUGUUUUUACCACAAGUUGAAAAAGCUACAUUGAAUGCUGUCAAAUUUAAAACAUUUGUCAAUCUUGUUGCAUUUUUACCAUUCAAAUCCGGUACAAAUGCAUUGGAUAAUAUUAAUAAUAUAUCUGAAGGUAUUAUACAUGAAGAUUUACAAGCAUUUUUGGAAACAAAUCUACCACAAAAUGUUAAAAAAUCUAAAAUUAGUGUUGGUGUUGGUGAUGCAAAAAUUGGUGCAGCAAUACAAGAAACACUUGGCUAUAAUUGUCAAUUUACUGAUGUUGUUCCGGAAAUUUUACGUGGAAUUCGUUAUCAUUUUCAUGAAUUGAUUGAAGGAUUAAAUUUAAGCACACUUGGUUCAGCUGAAUGUAGUUUAGGACGAAGUUAUUCACGUGCUAAAGUAAAAUUCAAUAUUAAUCGUGCUGAUAAUAUGGUCAUACAAAGUAUCGGUCUAGUUGAUCAAUUAGAUAAAGAUAUUAAUACUUUUUCAAUGCGUUUGAAAGAAUGGUAUUCAUAUCAUUAUCCAGAAUUAGCAAAAAUCAUUACCGAUAAUCAUAUGUAUGCAAAAGUUGCACAAUUAAUUGGCGAUCGUAAAGAAUUUAUAGCCGAAGAUGAGGCUACCAUACAAGAACGUUUAGAAGAACUUAUCCAAGAUUCAUCAAAAGCUCAGGCUAUUAUCAGUGCAGCAAAAUCAUCAAUGGGAAUGGAUAUUUCCAAAAUUGAUCUUAUCAAUAUUGAAUAUUUUACAACAAAAGUUAUUUCAUUGGCUGAAUAUCGUCGACAAUUAAUGGAUUAUUUAGUUUCUCGUAUGCACAAUAUCGCACCCAAUUUAUCCGCAUUAAUCGGAGAGAUGGUUGGAGCACGAUUAAUAUCACAUGCUGGAAGUUUAAUAAAUUUAUCCAAAUAUCCAUCAUCAACUGUACAGAUAUUGGGCGCUGAAAAAGCAUUAUUUCGUGCAUUGAAGAAAAAAGGAAAUACACCCAAAUAUGGUUUGAUUUAUCAUUCAACAUUUAUUGGACGUGCUGGUAACAAGAAUAAGGGAAAAAUUUCCAGAUUUUUAGCCAACAAAUGUUCAAUAGCAUCAAGAAUUGAUUGUUUUGCUGAAGAUGCAACCGAUGUUUUCGGACAAAAACUGAAAGAACAAGUUGAAGAAAGAUUAAAAUUUUUAGAUACGGGUGCUAUUCCAAAGAAAAAUCUUGAUGUUAUGAAUGAAGCUAUUGAAGAAGCUGCUGUUGAUAUUAAAAAACGAAAGAAAAAAUUGAAAAAAGAAAAGAAACGAAAAUUGGCUGAAAUGGAAGCAGCGGAUGAAAGUAUAACCACCGAUAUGAAUGGUAAUCAUGAACAAAUGAUCCAAGCAGAUGAAGCAGACGAAGAUGUUGAUGUAGCAGUGAAAAAACCGAAGAAAAAGAAAAAGAAAUCUCUCAAUAAUAAUGAUAAUUCCAUGCUUGUUGCCGAAAUGGCUUGAUGAUGUUUUUUUUUCACUAAAUUUUUUUUCUUUGUUUUUCAUCCAAAUUACAUUACAAUUAAUCACACACAUUCAAUUUAAUGCUUUUAUUUCAUCAUAAG